GCUCUGCACACUUGGCCACCUGCAAGUAACUCUAAUUUCUUUGAGUACCCUCAUCUUUGAUUCCCCAUUGCGAUGGGUUUUAUUUGUUUUUAUUCUUACACCCUCAGAGUUCAUGAGGAAAAUUGCCGACAGGAAGUUUGCGGCAAAUAGAAACACAUGAUCAGUCUCGCUGGUGUAGUCCAAACAACCCCUUUAGUAUCUUCCCAAUCUGUCUCACACUGAAAACGACUGUGGAACCCUUUGCUCGAGGGGCAAACGAAACAAGUAAAUCUAUUCAUCUGACUAAUUUCCGAUCGCUGUGGCGAUGGGGAGUUCAGCCUCGUCCCUCACUGCGGAGACUGAGUCGGACCAUGGCUUCAGAAGCACUCCCUACCCGUCAUCACCCCCUGUGGGCUGGCUCAGGAACAGCCACAGCAGCCCGGUGUGGGGCACUACCUUCAUCACACGUCAGCAGCACCCGCUGCCUCAUCGGGAGCGCAGCCACUCUCAUUCUCCUGGCUCCAUGGCAGCAGCGGUGCAAGGCAGUGAGUGGUCGUGUGGACGCUGUACGUUCUUGAAUGCCGGCGCAGCACCUCGCUGUUCCAUUUGUGAGGCCCCUCGCCAGAAGCCUGACCUUAACCAGAUCCUGCGGCUGAGCAGCACCGAGGAGCAACGCUGGGCCUGCCCCCGCUGUACCCUUAACAAUCCCCAGGGAUCUGGAGCCUGCUCCGUUUGUGGCUUUGGACCAUCCCCUGCCACUAACACACCCCCUACCACCACCAUAGCCGCUACCACAAAUGGCCUGCCGUCUGCUCCGACCGAGCCUCCAACACCAAUUAUCCUCCCCACAGUCCUGCUUGAGCCCCAAGGGCAGCAACCAGCUAAGGAGGAAGUGCUACGACGGUCCGAGAGUAAUGGAGAGGUGGUCAGCCUGGAGGUGCAGCACUCGGGCUGGGCUUGCCCUCGAUGCACACUCCACAACACUCCUGUGGCUCUGUCGUGCUCAGCCUGUGGUGGCCCCAGGAAACUGUCUUUGCCUAAAAUCCCGCCAGAGGCACUAGUGGUUCCUGAGGUGCGCACACCUGUGCUGGGAUUUCCAGUUCACACAGCAGGGACUUCCCCACUACUCAUAGAUCUAACAGAUGAUUCUCCCCCACCCCCUCCCUGUGAUCCUCAAGAGCCUGUGUCCUCACAGUCCAUCUCCUCCCCCUUUACUUCUUUCACUUCCCUCCAGAAUAACCCAGUUCCCCGAAGCAGGAGAGAGGUGCCCCCUCCAGGGCGCCCACCGAAUGCAGGCACCAACACCCCCAGUCCCACUUCCCCGUUAACGGCCACUGCGCCACCCCAGCCAGGCCCACAGCGGCCAGCCAAGCCCAAACAUGCCCAACCCCAGGAACCCUCAUACCCCAACAAGCGCCUCAGUAUCUUGGAUGAAGAAGAUGCUCAGCACCACCCACUGACUCCACACCUCCCUGUUGCAUCCACAGCUGCCCCCACCUGGAAGUGCCCUAGUUGUUCUUUGCCCAAUCCAGGGAACUCGUCUAAGUGUGAGGCCUGCCGAUCAUCACGGGCAGGCGCUGACCUCAUUGACCUUGUUGGCUGCGAAACAGUACGAUUUACCCCAGCUAGCCCCUCCAGCCCAGACUUCAGCACCUGGGCCUGUUCCAAGUGCACCCUGCGCAAUCCUACAGGGGCACCUAAGUGCUCAGCCUGUGGUUCUUCCAAGCUGCAUGGCUUUCAGGAACAGCAGGUGCCUAUGACCCGCUGCUGUGCACACUGUGGCCUCCAAUCGGGGUCUGGUACGGCAUCUUGUUCUUGCACACCUUCAUCCUCUUCAGGUCAUAAGACACGGAAACUGGCCCGAGGCUACCCUUCCUCCUCCCCUGCUAUUGCUCCUUCCAAUUCCACUUCCUCCUCCACCUUAUCGAGCCUUCAAGAGAAAAUAGGACAGUGGAGCUGCCCGGCAUGUACGCUGCUCAACGACAUCAAGGUCAAGAACUGUGCAGCGUGCCACACACCCCAGCAGUACCUCACCCUGCGUAAAGUAAUGAAGCCUCUGAAGAGGAGGGAGAGCAUGCAUGUCGAGGCCCGUCGACGAAAUGACGAAGGCGAGGCCAAGGAGCUUUUGGAGAACAUUGUCAGCUUCUGCAGAGAGAACACUGUGAACUUUGUGGAUGACAGUUUUCCCCCGGGACCUCGCUCCGUGGGCUUCCCUGAAGGCGACAGCGUCCAGCAGCGAAUCAAAAAGUGGCUGCGCCCUCACGAGAUCAACUGCAGCAACUUCAAAGACCGGAGCGUCAAAUGGUCCGUCUUCCGCACGCCGCGACCCUCUGACAUCCUGCAAGGCUUGCUUGGAAACUGCUGGUUCCUGAGUGCGCUGGCGGUGCUGGCUGAGCGCCCAGAGCUGGUGGAGAGGGUAAUGAUCACCAGGACCAUCUGCCCAGAGGGGGCCUACCAGGUUCGGCUAUGUAAAGACGGGACGUGGACGACGGUGCUGGUGGACGACAUGCUGCCCUGCGACGAUUAUGGCUACCUCCUCUUCUCCCAGGCCCAAAGGAAGCAGCUAUGGGUGGCGCUGAUCGAGAAGGCCCUGGCCAAGCUCCACGGCUCCUACUUUGCCCUGCAGGCAGGGCGCGCCAUCGAGGGCUUAGCCACGCUGACCGGAGCUCCGUGCGACUCGCUCAUGCUCCAGGUCAGCUCCACCAACCCCAGGGAGGAACCAAUCGACACAGACCUCAUCUGGGCCAAGAUGCUCAGCUCAAAAGAGGCCGGAUUUCUGAUGGGUGCAUCAUGUGGAGGAGGCAACAUGAAGGUAGACGAUGUUGUCUACGAGUCUCUGGGUCUGCGGCCGCGACAUGCCUAUUCCAUCUUGGACGUCCGAGAUGUCCAGGGUUACAGGCUGCUGCGGCUGCGGAACCCGUGGGGCCGCUUCUCGUGGAACGGCAGCUGGUCGGACGAGUGGACGGACUGGCCACAGCAUCUGCGUCACGAGCUGAUGGCCCAUGGCAGCAGUGAGGGGGUCUUCUGGAUGGAGUACUCCGACUUCAUUAAGUACUUUGACUCUGUGGACAUCUGUAAGAUCCACUCGGACUGGCAGGAGGUGAGGCUACAGGGAUGCUUCCCCAGCAAGGCCAGUGGCCCGGUGACUGUCACAGCCCUCACUGUACUGGAAAGGACGGCGCUGGAGUUCGCUCUCUUCCAGGAGGGAAGCAGGCGUUCAGACACAGCCGACAGCCACCUGCUGGACCUGUGCAUCAUGGUGUUUCGCGCCUCCUUCGGCAGCGGCAACAAGCUGACCCUGGGCCGCCUUUUGGCCCACAGCAAGCGAGCCGUGAAGAAGUUUGUCGGCUGUGAUGUGAUGCUGGAGCCGGGGGAGUACGCUGUCGUCUGCUGUGCCUUCAACCACUGGCAGAUGAAUGUCAGCGGGACGGGGGGUCCAGCCACACCCAUCUCCAGCCCAACCAGCGGAGCAGCACGGCGGCCCAGCCAGGACUUCCCCGGCUACAUCCUCGCCAUUUACAGCUCCAGACAGGUGAUGGUGGAGCAGGUGGAGGCCAACGCCACCACGGUGGCCGACGCCAUCAUCCUCCUCACGGAAAACAAAGGGGAAAGACACGAGGGACGUGAAGGCAUGACGUGCUACUACCUGACCCAUGGCUGGGCGGGGCUCAUCGUGGUGGUGGAGAACCGCCACCCCAAAUACUACCUCCACGUCUCCUGUGACUGCACUGACAGCUUCAACGUGGUGUCCACGCGCGGCAGCCUCAAGACCAUCGACAGCGUCCCACCCCUGCACAGGCAGGUGCUGGUGGUGCUGUCGCAGCUGGAAGGGAACGCUGGCUUCUCCAUCACACACCGCCUCGCUCACCGCAAGGCAGCCCAGGCCUCUCUGGGGGACUGGACCCCCACGAAGGCCACCCACAGCCCGCAGCUCACGCCAGACAUUGACGGCCUGCACCGGCCCAGGCCGCUAUGACCACCGCCCACUUUCCCCCUGUACAUACGCAGACUCCACAUCAAUGAACUGUCAAGACCACUGGAAAACCAGACUGGGGCGGGCGAGUGGCGUGUGCAGCCCUGAACCACAGAGACAGAUGUGUAUUUGUGUGUCCAAUUUUUGGGAUGGACACACACAUGAAUGUAUAGCAUGAACGGGCAGCAUUUAUGUGCUCUCCCCCCCUCCCAAUGCUCCGUAAAUGCUGAAAUCUUCAUCCGGCCCUCACGCACUCUGUCCCUUGCCGAGUGGAUGUGCCAUGUCAGGAAUAAAUUAGGGAAGCGGGCCACGUGGAGUGACAGGGACGCAGUCGCAGGACGAUUAUUUGACCAGGUCAUUGGAGAGGAUCCACUUUGAAUUCUGGAGGUAUUUUGUACAAGCGCUGUAUGUGGCACGGAUGUCAGCCCCAGGGUUUGUACACUCGGAGACGACCCAGGUUCACAAAAGCCCGGGGUGGGGCGCUGUAACUACUGAGCCGUAUGCCUGCAACGAUCGGACCCCCCCCCCCCCCCCCCC